AAUCGUUCCGAUUUGUGUGAAGAGGACAUAGUGAUCGGAAGAGCAAGAGGCAAGUUGCAGGCAUCUAGGAAUGCAACAUCUCUCUCACUUCCAAUAGGCUCGUUUCGGCUCGCCACUGUAGAAUAUUUAGAGACAGUGAAGGAAAAAUUUGGUUAUCAGACACCAGGUUUGUGUUUACGUAGCUAGACUAUAGCAUUCUACGUAGAAUUUCUUACUCAGCACGAAUGGCACGCUGGUGAAUGACAACAAGAUCACCAACGGACAGAAGGUACAGCUUUCCAGUGGUGAUGUCAUUAGAGUAGUUUUUAAGAGAGGCGACGAUAGAAGUGAGUUAGUUCUCUGGUUGAAAUCUACCAUCCUGUGAGUGUGUUCUGGCAUCUGUAUGGUAUGUUAUUCUGCUUGUUAGAUGUGACUUAUCGAUUUGAAGUUGUACAAGACCAAGAACAGACAUUGGAGAUGACACAGGAAUAUGAUGAAGAGGAAGAUGACACAAGCAUAACAAAAAAAAUACCUAAGCACAAUGUCCCUGAUCCUUCCAAUACUGUCUGCUGCACAGAUGACGCUGCAGUUCUGGAUUGUACCGAGCCUCUCGCUAAAGUUGCUCAUCUAGAAGAUCAGUUGAUAGGCAAUCGUGUUGAUGCCAAGAACAAGUCUAACCCAACAAAAGAUGACAUGGAGGAAUCUCUCAUAUGUGGGAUAUGCAAGGAAAUACUACACAACUGUGUCAGCCUUCAGCCUUGCAUGCACGCUUUCUGUGCUGGUUGUUAUUCGAUGUGGAUGGAAAGAUCUAAAGAUUGUCCACAAUGUAGAGGCAAGGUACAGAGAGUCAGCAAGAAUCACAUUGUCAACAACUUAGUCGAUGCUUAUCUCAAAAUCCAUCCAGAGAAGAAGCGAAGUGAUGAUGACUUGAAGGAGUUGGAUGCACAAAACAAAAUAACUGAAGAAAUGAUGUAUCCAAAAACUAAACGAGGUUGGUCAGAUGACGAAUAUCAUGAUAGUGAUGAGGACAGUGCAGAAGAUUCAGACACGCCUCUUGAUUCUGAUGACAGUUCAACUGCAGUUGCUGCUGUGAUUCCUGUCAGUCAGCCUCCUCCUAUGAAAUGUCGUCAAUGUCCAGGAUAUUCUGAUACAACAGUAACUUCAUCUGUAACUGCUUCAGACUCUAGCUCUUCUUCUAGUGCAGCUGUUAUUGCGAUCACUGCUCCACCAUACACUUGUAAUAUUCCAGCAAUUCACAUUAUCUGCCACUGCUGCAUGCAACCAAUGCCAAACUGUGCUGUUGUUAUGCCAGCAGACAGGGUAGUACCAGAACAAAAAUGUGAUGUCUGCUGUCAAUCCUACUGCCAUCUAUACUGGGGCUGUAAUGCUUUGAACUGCAGAGGUUGUUUGGGCCGUUUCUCUGAAAUUAAUCUAUCGGACACUCAUCUAAAUGGGAUUUUAAAUAAAGGCAACAUAUAUGAGUCAGAUGUACUAAAGGAUUGUCUGAAAGCGAAAGGGCUAACGAUACGCGAUGUAUUAAAAGAUUGUGCAGCCAAACUAGACAAUGGUGAAUACCAGAACAUAGGAGCUACACGAGUUCCACUUCGUUCCGAUACUACAAUCUGCUAUAGAUGCUGUCUGACAAACUUUCAACAGCUCGUCUAUUUCUAUAGGAAAGAUCUUCCUGUAGAAGAUUUACCAAUCGAAGUGGUCAGUCGACCCGACUGUUACUGGGGCAAGAACUGCCGAACGCAAUACAACAAGCCACACCAUGCCAGACAUUUCAAUCACAUCUGUGAGCAAACUCGAUUCUGAUAAGAUGGCGCUAUGGUUGUUUGAACAUCUGAAGAGAUUUGCGUUAGUAGUUACUGUCAUGCAUAAAAUAGAUCUCAUGGGCAAUGUACAUAUGUU